UGGGAGGAGGAAAAAAAGGUGGCAAACCUCCAGCUCUUUGGAAGUUUCUCCCAUCCCAGCCUUGAACUCGGCACCAUUGCUCCUCUGGUGUCUUUGUUUCACCUGAUGAUGAAGAGGCAUAAUUUCUUACCACUCUGUGCCCUUCUGGGAGUCCUGCUUGCAGGACUUGUACCUAAACUGGAUGCACAGGAAGAUUGUGCACAAGGGUUGGCAGCUGAUACGUACUUUCUAGUGGAUUCAUCCUGGAGUAUGGGAGAGAAAAACUUUGAACACAUCAGACAAUUUCUGUACAGCUUGAUAAAAUCACUGCACAAGUUCGGAGAAGAGAGAUUUAAAUUUGCCCUUAUACAGUACAAUAGCAGGCCGGAAACUGAGUUCCACCUCAACAGCUACUCAUCUCUGGAAGCCCUGGCACACGUCAAGGCCAUGUCUUACCGUGGUGGGGGCACCCGUACUGGACUGGGUUUGGAGUACCUGCUAAGUACACACAUGACCAAGGCUUCUGGCAGCCGUGCUGCUGAUGGGGUGGUCCAAGUGGUGGUGGUGGUAACAGACGGGCAGUCUCAGGAUGAUGUGGCAGAGCCAGCUAUGGUGCUGAAGAUGGCAGGCGUGGUGAUUUUUACAGUUGGAAUUCAGGAUGCAGUGGACUCUGAGCUCAGGGAAAUGGCAAGCCAGCCUCAAGAUAAUCACAUAUUCAAUGUAGACUCUGCCCUCAAGCUGCAGGAUAUAGUCCCCAAUUUAGUAAUAAGUCUUUGCAGCACAAUCGCACAGUCAGGUGAUGCUCCUGUGGCAAAUGAGGCUCCAGUAACUGGAGGAAUGACAGCACAAGAUUCAGCUGACCUUGUACUCUUAAUUGAUGGAUCUCAGAACGUUGGAGCAGCAAACUUCCCCUAUGUCCGUGAUUUGGUCUUGAGAAUCAUUGAGCGCCUUGAUGUGGGCAGGGACACCAUUAGGGUUGCCUUGGUCCAGUACAACUCUGACCCAGAGAUAAAGAUCUAUCUAAAUAGCUAUUACAGCAAAUCAUCUCUCUUGGAAGCUGUGAAAGGCCUGACUUAUUCAGGGGGUGAUGAAUCUAACCUGGGGGCUGCUUUGGAGGAAGUGGCUGAAAGCCUUUUAAGUGAAACAGCUGGGGGCAGGGCAGAUGAGGGUGUGCCCCAGAUGUUGAUUAUUAUCAGUGCUGGCCCAUCAGAUGAUGAUACCGGUGUUGGCGAUCGGGCCCUUAAAAGGGCCAGCGUCAUCACAUUUGGUGUGGCGAUUGGUGACACUGGAACUGCAGCUCUGCAAGAGGUUGCCACGGAUAAAAGUUUUGUCCUCAUGGUCCCUGAUUUCCAAGUAGUUACAAACGUUGUUGGUCAACUCCUUCCAUUCAUUAACGGCGUGGUCCAACGCACCAUUAUAGUUCAGAAUGAGUACACUGAAGUUGUGGCAGUUGGAAAACGGGACAUCAUCUUUUUGAUUGACAGUACAAUGGGAACAGCUGUCAUCAAUGGUUUGCGUGAAUUCAUCAGGCGGUUUGUCAACAAAAUGCCUAUUGGUCCAGAUGCAGUUCAAGUGGGUAUUGCCCAGUUUAGCACUGGGCCGAGAGUCGAGAUGGACCUCAACACACACGAAACCAGGGAGGCAUUAACUGCUGCCCUGGGUGCAAUCAAACCAAGAGCAGGACAAACUGUAAAUAUUGGAUCAGCCUUGGAUUUUGUGCGGUUGAAUAUGCUGCGACCUGAGUCAGGUAGUCGUAUUAAGCAGGGGGUACCGCAGCUUGUUCUCUUGUUGACCAGUAAGAAAUCCAGUGACAGCGUGGAGGAACCUGCUCUGGCCCUUCAGAGAAUGGGUGUACUGACUCUGGCUGCAGGCUCAAAGGCUGCUGAUGAGGCGGAGCUAAAGCAGAUUGCCUUUGCCGACAGAGUUGUGUUCAUGCCAAAGGACUUCCGCCAGCUCUUUCGCAACCCAAGGGAAAUUAUUGACGCACUAUCGACUCUUGCUGGGGUUUUAGUAACUGAAACACCCACUGAACCAGUGGUGGAAAUCACAACAGUACAAACACAAAAAGUGAUAAGAGACAUUGUCUUCCUUGUGGAUGGUUCAAGUUACGUUGGAAGCAGCAACUUGCCAUAUGUGAGAGACUUUAUGAUCAACGUGGUCAACCAGCUGGAUAUUCGCCCUGACAGGGUCCAAAUUGGUCUCCUGCAGUUUUCAGACCGGCCGAGGAUAGAAUUUUACCUGAACACCUACAGAAACAGGCAAGAUGUUGUGGAUAAAAUCUCUCAACUCAGACUGGUGGGAGGCUCAGUGUUGAAUACAGGAGCUGCUAUGAAUUAUGCCUUGGCCAAUAUGUUCCAAUCUUCAGCUGGGUCACGUAGGAGGGACGGAGUUCAGCAGGUGUUGGUUCUGAUCACAGGUGGCCCAGCCCAAGAUCAGCUUAAGUCUGUGGCCGAUAAACUGGCUUUGGCCAGUGUUUUGACUUUCACAGUAAGUUCAGGACAAGCAGAUGAAGACUUACUGAGGUCAGUUGCCUUUGUUCCAGAAUUAGCUUACCAUCAAAAAAGUUUCUCAGAUCUUCCAGCCAUGGCUGAAGUCAUCAUGCCAAAGCUAACAACAGUGGUUGGUGAUACCGAUGUUACACAAAUAGAAGAAGAUACCCUGACUGGAGUUGAAAGGGAUGUUGCUUUUCUCAUUGAUGGGACAGAUAGUGUUCGUGCAGAUUUUCCAUACAUUCGGGACUUUAUCCGAAGAGUGAUAGAGCCACUGGAUGUUGGGAUUGACAAGGUACGAGUGUCUGUGGUUCAGCACAGUGAGAGACCGACCCCAAGUUUCUACCUUAACACUUAUAAAACCAAAGAUGAGGUAAUGAGAGCUGUCAAUGAGAUGACACUGGCAGGUGGACGGAGUUUAAACACAGGAUCUGCUUUGAGAUUCAUGAAGAACACCAUCAUGUCUGAGAGCUAUGGCAGCCGAUCUGCUCAAAAUGUGCCCCAAUUUCUGAUUGCUCUGGCUGGAGACAGAUCAAUGGAUAAUGUCAAAGAGCCAGCAAGUGAACUCAAGACAGAAGGAGUAGUACCAUUUGGAGUUGGUGUCAAGAAUGCAGACCCGAAGCAGAUUGAGGCUAUUUCACACAACCCCUCCUUUGCUUUCAGUGUAAAAGAAUUCACUGACCUUAACACAAUACCAGAAAGGCUCAAUACUUAUGUGAGCCUUCCAAAGGAAGAGCUGACAAUCCUUCUUCAAAAAGUGAAAAAUGAUGCCAUUAAAAGAGAUAUUGUGUUCUUACUGGAUGGCUCUGAUAAUACCAGAAAUGGAUUCUCAGACAUAAAACGCUUUGUUAAAAGCAUUGUGGAAAACCUCUAUAUUGAUGAAAAUCAAGACAGAGUGUCUGUGGUUCAGUUUGCUGAUAACCCAAAGGUCAGCUUCCAUCUAAAUUCUCACAAGACAAAAACUGACCACCUAAAUGCCAUCAGUGAUUUAAUGCACAAAGGCGGAAGGCGUCUUAAUAUUGGUGCAGCUUUACAAUUUGUGAGGCACAGAGUCUUCACCUCCUCCACAGGAAGUAGAAGGCUAGAAGGGGUACCACAAAUUCUAAUUCUUCUAUGUAGCAAACCAUCAACAGAUAAUACGAGAGGGCCAGCCUUUGCCCUAAAAGAGCAUGAGAUUAUGUCAGUAGGGAUUGGAGUUGGAGAUAUCAAUACGGAAGAAAUGGAAAAGAUUGCAUUCAAGCCCAGUUUUGCAUACAAAGUCGCUGACUUCUCCAAACUUGCCUCAAUCCAAUCACAAAUUGUUCAUACACUGAAUGUAAACAAUGUCAAAGAUGAAACCGGUAAUGGAAUUCCUGACUUAGUAGUUGACAUACAGAGCAAUCAAAGGGACAUCGUGUUCCUUCUUGACGGGUCAGAUGCCUCCAGAAAUGGAUUCCCGGCUUUUCAAUAA